CGUCAACACAACUGUCAUGACAAAAUAGGCAUAGGAUUUAUGUCACUUCAAGCGGCCAAUCUGUUUAGCUCCACUUUUUUCUUCUGCGCCAAGCGGACGUCCUAAUCCCCGCUCUGGCAAAAUCGCGAAUGCGCGCAAGGGAGAGGGUCUGCUACACGAGCAAAUUGACGGCGCAGGGAGUGACGGCGCAGAGAGGCCGGCGGUAGAUGACACGCGGGUUGAGCUGAGCGGCCCGCUCAAAGGAGCUGUGAAAAGAACGAAGGGCGUGCUGAGCAGGGGACCCUCAGUAGGGCAAGGAGAUUGCGGGCAAAAGAAAGGCGGGCAGAUGCACCCUCGUCAUCACCACCAUGAUGACUGAGCCAGAUGCGACGACUACUGCUCCCGAUGGCUCCAGUGAUGGCGGCGAAAGCUCCUGUCAGGCAUUUCAGCACUUGAUAAGCAUCGCACAUGGCGAGGCAGGAUCGGAUGGCAUGCCAUCACCCACCAUCCACCUCCAACACGAUCACCGACCACGGCAAUAUCAGACGGAGCUUUUCGAGCGCGCCAAGAAAGAAAAUGUCAUCGCUUGUCUCGAUACAGGCGCAGGAAAGACAUUGAUUGCGGUAAUGCUCCUCCAGCACACAUUCAACCUUGGCUUGUGCGCACCUAAGAAGAUCUCCCUCUUCAUCGUCAACCUCGUCCCACUGGUCCAUCAGCAAGGGGGGGUCAUAGAAGCGAACACGUGCCUCCGAGUUGGUCUCCUCUUUGGCGGAGAUUCCAGGUUCAGUACAUGGUCCAAAGAGCACUACGACAAAGCUUUCGCCGAACAUGACGUCCUCGUCGUCACUGGUCAGAUCGUCGUCCAGGCGCUGGCGCACUCCUUUCUAAAGAUCGAGGACAUCAACCUCAUCGUCUUUGACGAAGCACACCACGCCGACGCUACGCACCCAUAUUCGCGCAUUAUGAAAGAUUACUAUUUCAAGACUCCCUCCCACAAGCGCCCUAAAAUCUUUGGUAUGACGGCCAGCCCGAUGAAGACGGCCACGAAUCACUACCAAAGUGCUGCCCGGGAGCUUGAGGGGACCCUGGACGCAAAGAUAUUCACGGCGCCGCUCUCCCAGAAUCGCAAAAACGAGUUGAAGCAAGUGAGGGAGCUUGUAAUCGAGUACGAUCAGCCAAUUCAGCUGCCCGAGACGGAUUUGACCGAAAAGAUCAAGAAGCGCUGCGCUUCUCUCGAGUCCUUGCCAAAGUACAUGCAUAGGAUGCGUUACGAUCUCGAACACCACGGUCCACUGAUGCUCGAUCUCGCCUGGAUUGGAUCCCGGGACGCUUUUCGGAACAAGGCACGGGAGAAAUUCGAGCGAACGCAAUUGUCCAGGCCGCAGAUCGACCUUCUCAACAAAUCCUGGGCCGAAAAGCAGCAAUUUGACAGAGAGUCGAGAGCCAUGCUGGAGGAGCUCGAUAAAAAGAAGAAGCGGUGGGCCGACGAGGCAUUCUGGCACAAAGCUGUUGCUGAGCUCUUGGACGAGGAAAGGAAUGUUCCACGCUCAUUGGAAGCCAACGAGACGAAUGCAACACCAAAGAUCCUCACCCUCAUCAAUUUGCUCAAAUGCUUCGAUGUAGACUCAAAGACACGCCAAAACUUCUGCGGAAUCGUCUUUGUUGGCCGCAAAAGGACAGCAAUCGCCCUCGUUAAACUUCUCUUGGGGCAAGAGUGCUUGAAAUUCCUCAAAGUAGAGGCUCUCUAUGGUCAUGUUGAAGUCGAUGGCAGGAAUGGUAUGGAUUCUGACGCGCAACAGGCCACCUUGUCGCGGUUCAGGAAGGGCAAGACGAAUCUUCUCGUGGCCACCAGCGUCGCAGAAGAGGGUCUCGACAUUCUUCCGUGCAACUGUGUCAUUCGCUUCGACCUCUUUGCACAUCACGUCGCAUACGUUCAAAGUAGGGGCAGAGCCAGGCACAAGGAUAGCCGUUUCAUCAUGAUGGUUCAGCGCGAUGACCCCGUCAUGCAUGGCAUUCUUCACAAAGUCACCCGUGUCGAUGCCGACAUCCGCGAAUGGCUUCUUGACCUGCCACACGAUCGACUCUCACAGACCUUUGACGACGACAGCAGGGAUGAUAGCCGAGGGGAGAAGCAAGAGGCUCUCAGCGAUUAUCUCGAAGUUGCCCAGACGGGCGCGCGAAUCUACCCUCCAGAGAGCGUCUUCUUCCUCUGCCACUAUGUGCAAAUGAUCAAAAGCGAUGUGUAUGCACCGAAUGUGCCGGAUUUUAUCAUUCGAGAAUAUGACGAGGGUCUCGGUUUCAGCGUCGAGGUGCGCCUACCUGCCAACUCAAGGGUCCGCUAUGUUCAAGGACCAAUUUGCCCCAGCAAGAAGAUGGCGCGGAACGCUGCAUCGCUAUUAGCGCUGAAGAAGCUCCGUGAGGCUGGCGAACUGGAUGACUACCUCAUCCCGUCGGCUCGCAACAAGACCAAGGCCCUUCGUGCCGACUUACCCUUUGAACUGGACAAAGAUGGCAGAAGGAUGGGUGCAUUCAAAGGGAUGCCUGCAGUCGACCUCAUGUUCGCCGGAGGGAUCUCAAGACAGUGUCCAGUCUCGGAAGACACGGUGCUAGUUCGCCUCGACCACAGAGAAGCGCUUGCUGCCACGAGAUACACUCUUCGACUCUUUGACUACAUUGGGAAGAACAGCUACGAGAAUGAUGGUCGGCUGCCUUUCCUCGUGCUGCCGUUGCACCAGCCCAUAGCCUCGCGGAAUUUCGUCGACUGGAUGGAAGUCACCCAAGAGGCUCAGAUUACUACACUCCACGAUCGCGGACUCUUUUCGUACCGAUUCGAUCCUCAAGAUAAACUCUCCCCUUUGAUGGAUGAGGAUCUGUUGCUCUGCGACUGGAAAAAUCCUUCCCGCCUAUAUUACUUCAUUGAUCUGGACUUGGGACACGACGUACGCCACAUCGCCCCAGAUCGCAGGUCACUCAGAGAUAUCGCUCCUGACGAGCCUGCUCGGGAGGCUAAUGCUCUCCUCUUUCACAACCAGCUCGAUGAAGGGCUUCUUAUGCACGCCUUCACGGCUCCUAGUGCCCAACAGCUUCUGAACUACGAGAAGCUAGAAUUUUUCGGGGACAUGGCUUUAAAGCUCAUUGCAUCGCUCUACGCAUUUACGAUGACCGACAGCCUUCGAGAAGUAGAGCUCCACUAUACUCGUCGGGCUAUCAUCUCCAACGCGCAGCUGCUUAAGCAUUCGCUCCGACAUCAGCUCCAUCGUUUCGUUCAUGCCAAGGCCUUUUCAGGUAAAACGUGGCGCCCGCUCUACCUGUGCGCGCCGAAUUGGUCACAGGAAGAAGCGCGCCCUUCUUACAGGAAGAGGAACACCCACAUCAUCAGCUCAGAGGCUUCUCAUCCAGCCUCUGGCUGCGAAGAGAUGCUGCUCUCGGAAAAGUCUCUUGCAGACCUGGUAGAGGCUUGCCUGGGCGCCGCGUUCAACAAAGGAGGCGUCAAUGGGAUCGAGGCGGCCUUGUUUGCGAUGAACAAGCUUGGUGUGCUACCUCGAGAGGUCGAGGGGCUCGAAUCUUUCCGGAGGGCAUACGCACAGCAAACUGCGCAGGAGUCCGAGGGUCAGAAUCUAGCUGAACGUGUCGAGUCAGGCGCUCUGCAGAAGCUCCAAGAGCACAUCGGAUACCAAUUUCGGUCCCCUCACCUCGCAUUACAGGCGGUCACCCACUCGUCAUACAUGGCCGCCGACCUGCCGUCAUAUGAGCGAUUCGAGUUUCUCGGAGACGCACUCCUCGAUUACUUUAUCGUUUCCACGUUUCGAGAAAAAUACAGCGACACAUUGGACGAAAGUGCCAUGACGAUGAUCAAGUCAAAUGCGGUUGCAAACGAUGCAUUCGGUGUGCUCUGUAUAGAGUUGGGUCUCCACCACUACUUCAGCCACUCGUCUUCAUCGAUGCUUUCGGGCAUUAUGCAGACUGUGUCCGACGUGAUGGACGCGAGGAGAAGGGCCCUGGACUUAUAUGGUGGAGACGAGGCAAAUAUUGGCCAGUACUGGCUCAAGUUUGGCGUCAGAGUACCGAAAGUCCUUGCCGACGUCAUCGAGAGCCUCCUUGGAGCCGUUUUCGUGGACUCAGGCUUCAAUUUCGAUACGACUCAAGAAUUCUUCGACAGGCUGUACCGGCCAUUUUUCGAAAGGCACUUUGAGCCCGACAAGACGGUGGUGCGUGAUCUCAACGAGCUGACGAGCUUCUUCACCAAACACCGCUGCCGUCGCUGGAGCGUCGAUUACGAGACCAUGGACCAUCUCAAAGAUCGUCGAGAUUCCAACACCAUCAGAUUCUGGAUCUCCUUUCACGGCGUGAAGGUCAGCGAGGGUGUCGCAUCGGGAAGAGCUUCGGACCAGCUUAUCGAGGGUCUUGAAGAGAUCAAGGAGGUUAAAGCCUCAGAGGAGUGGAAUGACACGGGAUUGGUCACCGAGGUGUUGCGAAAGGUGUUGCCGAAGCAAUUUUCGAACAUACUCAAUAGCCCGACGCCCGGUCAUGAGCCAGAGGAUGACGAAGGAGCCGAAACGGGGAAUCAGGAACCUCCUGAAAGGCCUAACCUUACCAUCUCUGACGAGCUCGCAGGGAUCUGCGACUGUGCGCAGCGGGAGGCAGAAGGCGACGACGAAGACCAAGAGGGGGAAGAGAAAACGUGGUGGGACUGA